GUCAGUGUCACAAGCAAGUUAAGCAACCUCGCAAUACUCGCAACAAAAUAGCCAGCACUUUUUUAUUUGGCUCGUAUUGUUUUGUUUAUUAAAAAAAGUCAUUUUUUAAAAUUUUACUGUAUAUAUUUAAGUGUAAAAUCACGGUUUCGUGUAUCUAGCUGAAAUGGCUGGUCAGGGGCAUCAGUUUCCCGGUAACUUCCAGGGAAACGCCGGCGCAAUGCGGUCUGGUUUUGGCGGCGCUCCGAUGGGGGGCCAAAUGCAACCUAUGCCCAACCAGUUAGCAGGGGUGAUGGGCGGUGGUAUGGCCAACCCUGGCGGCAUGGUGGGCAUGGGCAACCAGAUGGUGCCUCCAUAUGGGGCAGCCAUGCAGAACCAAAUGGGAGCUAUGGGUAUGGGACCUCAGGGCAUGGGUGUAGGUGUUGGAGGCAAUCCAAACCCAGGAUUAGCCCAAGCUGUCCAACAACAAGCAAGCAUGCAGCAAGCAGUGGCGGUACCUACAUCUGCUCCAGCGACUGCCUCAGCACCCGCACAGCCUCAGCAGAACAAGGACUUCAACACUGCUUCACUUUGCAAAUUUGGCCAAGAAACAGUACAAGAUAUAGUCAGCAGGACACAGGAUGUUUUUCAAACACUGAAAGCAAUUCAACCUCCAAACGGUACUCAGAUCGGCGAGAACGCGAGUAAUGAUAAGAAGACGAAGAUGCAAGAGCAGUUACGAACGAUACGGCUUUUGUUUAAACGCCUGCGCCUGGUGUAUGACAAAUGCAACGAGACGUGUCAGGGUAUGGAGUACACGCACAUGGAGAGCCUCAUCCCGUUGAAGGACGAGGCCGACAAUAAAACUCUGGACGAGCGGCGAAACACUGAGUCUUACCGACGAGACUUGGAAGAGAACAGGGAGCUAACAGAACAGGUGGUCCUCAAGAACAAACAGCUCAAAGAAGUCAUAACGAAUUUAAGGACUAUCAUAUGGGAAAUUAAUGUUAUGCUUACUAUGAGACGAUCUUAAACUAUUUUAAACCAUUGAAUUUUUUGAUAUUCUAGAGGUAUGACGGACGAUAUUAUUAUAUAUAUAGAAAGUAAGGAUCAUAAGCUAAGUAGGUUUUUUAUUCUGUGAUAGUAUAUAUAGUAUAGGUAAGUAAAUAUACAAGUAUACAUCUUGUUUGAAGAUGUCCUUCCCUCUUAUCCUUUAAGAUAGGCUACUUCGAUCAAUUAUUUGAUUUCUCAGUAUCAAGUUAGUUUCCAUGGCCACUUUGGCUAUAAUAAUUUAUGUGCCUAAUUUUGUUUUCGAUUUUGUAAUGUAAAUUAAAAUGUUUUUGUAAAUACGGGAAAUGUACAAAUUUGUUUUUUUUCAAAAACUGAGGUCAUCUAUUGGCGUACCUAUAUUAAACAACUAUAUAAUUGUCACUUCAGAUAUAGGUUCCUGUCUCAAGCAAUGUUAAUGACUAAGAAAAUUUCCUUGUAAAUAUAUUUUUGGACCUA